AAUAAGAUAAACUCUUUAUAACUUUACAUUAAAUAUAUAUUUUUUAAAGAUGAGAACAGUAUUUCCCUUUGCGUUAAUCCUGAAUAUGUUUAAGCUUAUUCUUUGGACUUUCCUCUUGGAGCAGAAGGAUGGAGUUCUCCAACCUGAAGCAGGAGAUCUGUGCCACAUGGCUGCAGCUAAAUAGUGAGCAGAUGACACAGAUCAGAAUAACGCUCCUUGAGUUGUCGAGCUCCAUUUCACACGAGAUUCCGCGGAUGAGAGAAAUCACAAGGUGUUCAGACUUUGCCAGUUCCUUGAGAUUGCUGGAGAAAUGGAGGCUUCUGACUCCCAUGAAAGUGGAUGUAAUACUCCUGUUAACCGAGCAAGUAGGAUCCCACACAGAGAUGGUGCGGGAGAAGAUCCACCAGUAUAAGAAGCUGGCUAUGCCCUCCCAUCCGCCUGUGCACCAUGGCUUAGAACAGAGGGGCAGCUUUGCCCCAUCAAACUACGUAGCAAACUCUCGACACGAUCAAGUGUAUGAGUACGUCAGCGAGAACCACAGUGGGCGGUGGGCUGACCUUGGCCGUAGCCUCGGCCUGUCUAGCCUUGUGAGUGAGCUGCAGAGAGAACCAGGCCUCAGACAGAAGGACAAAGUAUAUCAGUUGCUGGAGGAAUACAAUAGAAACAUAGAUGGAGACCCUAUUCCAGGCAUCCUUCGUGCAUUAGAGUCCUGCGGCUUGAAACGGCAGCGUAAUAGUAUUGUUCGGGAUAUUUUGUCUAACUGAAGCCCAUAUACUUGUCUUUGUGCAAAAAUCAAUGUUUUUUUGCUAUUCUUCUUAGAGUUGUAAUUGCAUUAGCUAUCACUCUUGUUACUUCUGUCAUCACUCCCUGAACAGAGCUUUCUUCUGUUGUAUUAUUGUAUUGUAUUAUUUAUUAUUUUUAUGCUUAUUUCCAGUGAAAGCCACCAGGAUGUGCUUUCUCUUUUUUAUCUGUUUGUAUAAAACAACUCUGUGCUUUAAGAAAGAAUCAAAAGGAAGAAGCACAAUAUCUGUGAUCUUAAAGAUCUGUUUUAGAGGCCAAUUUAGAGAUAUUUUAUAAAUGUGUUGAUGUAUAUUUUUAUACUUUUAGCUAGUUAAUGUUUGAUAGACUGUACCUAUAGAAUUUGAUUUAGAAUUUGAAAAUUAUAUGGUUCAUUACCAUGAUAUCAUCUCAGUAUAAACUUCCAGGUGAAUGAAUGGCAAAAGUGUAUAGGGUGAAUUUUGGUUGUGAAAAAUGAAAAGGAAUUUCAUACCUUUUCUAGAUUGUUAUGAUGCUAGUUGAAAUUUGUAUCAGCACAUACAGCAGGGUGAUUUUCCUACUCAUUUAUUUUUUAUGUGUUUGAGGUAUGUCAUAAGUGUUAUCCAGUUAUCUCCCAUAAAAAAUACCUAUAGGAUAUUCAUGUAACCUGCCAGCCAAAAUAAGAUCCUCGUCAGUUGCCACUACCAAGUUGCCAUUUGUCUUACCAUUACUUUUUUACUGCUUCAAAUAAUAAUUUAGAUGUUGUACAUAGCAUAUUAGUAAAACCUGAUUAUGUAUACUAGAAUUACA